CGCAGCUGAGUUCCCGCGGGCAGCACUGUUGAGCGCUGGAGAGGGGAACAGACCUGCAUUCUAAAGCGGUGCGUUUUUUCUACGGUUCUCUCUCUCUCACCCACAUUGCAGUCCUGUCACGUUCCCUCUGCUCCCCCCAUCCGCCUCAACCGCUCCAGGAGAGGAAAGGAGAGAGGGAAGGAAGAGUGCAGCUGAAAAGCAAACAGACAUGUCGACAGCCAACGCAUAAAGUCUCCCAUCGGCUGUUCGUGGAUUUCUUCGCGGGACCUGAUGCGGUGAGGGGUGGGUGUGUGCCGCUGCCCUGGCCUGGGCUGAAGGCAGAGGAGGUAGGAUGCUGUGGCUCUCCCUGCUGUCUGUGGUGGUCCUGGGUUGUGUGACCCCAACCCAGACACACACUCACACACACACCCCGACGCCCACCUCCACACACACCCCUAUGGUGGACAGCUCGGAGGAGGAGGUGGAUGAACCGUGCUUCGAGCCGUGCACAUGCGAGGUCAAAGAGGGCGUGUUGCACGUGCACUGUGAUGGGCGGGGCUUCACUAACGCCAGCCAGGUGUCCCAGUCCUGGCUCCGCCCCUUCAAGCUCAACCUGCAGAGGAACUCCUUGAGGCGUCUCUAUAGUAACGGCUUCCUGCACCAUAGCAAUGCCGUGGCGAUAAACCUAGGCAACAACGCGCUGCAGGACAUCCGUGCCGGGGCGUUUCAUGGUCUGGGGACACUGAGACGCCUCUACCUCCACGAGAACAAGCUGGAGGUGUUCCGCAACGACACCUUCUCUGGCCUGGAGGCACUGGAGUACCUGCAGGCCGACUACAAUGUCAUCAAACGCAUCGACAGCGGGGCGCUACGCUACCUGCAUAAAUUACGAGUGCUCAUCCUCAACGACAACCUGAUCCCUGCUCUGCCUCCUCACCUCUUCAGAUCUGUGUCUCUGACCCACCUGGACCUGCGGGGGAACCGUCUGAAGAGCCUGGCCUACGCCGGGACCCUGGAGUACGUGGGCCGCAGCCUGAUGGAGCUCCAGUUGGAGGAGAACCCCUGGAUCUGUGGCUGUGAGGCUGUCCAGCUGCAGAUCUGGCUGGGACACAUCCCCUACACCGCAGUGGUGGGGGACAUCACCUGCGAAUACCCCUUCCACCUGCACGGGAAAGACCUGAGGGAGAUACCACGCAAAGAACUGUGUGCCGGAGAGGUGGAGGGAGAGGGGGAGAAGGAGGGAGAGAGGGAGAAGCACGGAGGGGUACAGCCUCCUCAGCAUCCGCCCUCUAACCCAAAAGCGAACCACAACCCUGGGAGGCCCAGACCCACCAAGCCGUCCUCCAUGGUUCACCAUCAGAACACACAUACCUCAUCUUCGUCGACUUCAUCAUCGGCUGAGCGGAGGGGGAGAGAGAGGUCCCCUCGGCCCACUAAGCGUCCCCGGCCCUCCAGGACGCCCCCCACCCAGCGUAGCCUCCUCCCCAACCAGCCCCCUCCCAUCGCAGGGUACCAGACUCGCCCCCCCAUCCCCAUCAUAUGUCCUCUAGGCUGCACCUGUAACCUCCACAUCUCAGACCUAGGGUUGACAGUCAACUGUAAGGAGAGCGGAUUCCAUAACGUCUCCCAGCUCACGCCACGCCCCCUCAACGGACGGAAGCUGUACCUCAGCGGCAACCUCAUCCAGCGGAUCUAUAAGUCAGAUUUCUGGAAUUUUUCCAGUCUGGAUCUACUUCACCUGGGAAACAACCGGAUCUCCUUUAUUCAGGAGGGAGCGUUCUCCAGCCUGCCGACCCUGAGGAGUCUCUACCUGAACGGCAACAACCUGCAGAGGCUUAGCCCACACAUGUUCCUGGGUCUACUUAACCUCAGGUACCUGUAUUUCGAGUACAAUGAGAUCGGUGUGGUGGAAGCGGGAGCGUUCAGCCCCAUGCCGUCUCUCCAGCUGCUCUUCCUCAACGCCAACCUGCUGAGGUCACUUCCUGUCGGAGUGUUCCAGGUCAUCUCCCUCUCCCGUCUCAACCUCCGCAACAACCACUUCCUCAGCCUGCCUGUCGAGGGGGUGUUAGAGCACCUCACUGGACUGGUGCAGGUGGACCUGCAGCAGAACCCAUGGGAGUGCAGGUGUGAUGCGGCCCCUCUGAAGCGCUGGCUGGAGGGCCUGAGUGCGGUGGUGGUGGUGGGGGAGGUGGUCUGUCACUCACCAGAAGAGACCACAGGUACAGACCUUCGCUCUCUUUCCCUGGACCUCCUCUGUCCAGACCUGGACACCCACCAGGCCACGGUGGAGAACCAGGAGGAGUGGAACAGCUCCACAGCCCCAGAUGGUGAUUUCUCUCUGGGCUACCCUGUGCCAGGCCAUGGCCCCCUGGGUCCCCUCCCUAAGACUUCCAUCCCUCUGUCGGUGUUGGUGCUCAGCCUGCUGGUGCUGUUCGUGUCGGCGUUCUUUGCGGCAGCGGCGCUGAUCGCCUAUGCCCUGAGGAGGCGGGACAAGCUGCCGUUCCGGCGGCAGGGAGAGGUGGAUCUGGCCGGGAUCCAGAUGGAAUGUGGGAUUUUCACCGAGCAGCAGCACCACAGGUUACCGGUACCGAAGACCCCUCCUCCUCCUCUGUCUGCCUUGCAGCAUAGCCUCGUCUACGAUAGCAUCCUCCCCGCCGACCCUGGCCCUAACCCUAACCUCAGUCCCUCAACACACAUGUGCAGUAGCCCAGUCUAUAAGAAUGAGGAUGAUUCAGUGGUGAAGCAGCAAUGGCAACAACAGCAGCAGUUCUCUGCUUCUAAAGAGAAAGGUAACGUGGGAAGAUACCGCUCGGGUGGGGAGAGAGAGAGCGAAGGACACUAUAGUUUGGUGGCAGAGAGAGAGAGAGAGUGGAACAUGGAGGUGUCCCCCCCCCCCAUCAAUACCGUUGCCGGGGCAGUGGGACCCCCUCUUUCAGAUCUCCGCGGAAACGGGACCCUCUGCCCAACAGUCAUAGACAGCCAGGGCCCCACCCCCAAGGUGGGAUUGGUUGACUGCCUCUUUGGGAUCCCUGGAAUGUCCGCCGCAGUCCCAGAGUUCCGAGACCUGCCGGACAGGUAUACACGUCCCCCACCACCCCGCUAUCCCCACCCUCCACAACCCCCCCAGCCCCCCGAACCCAAAGAGGAAACUAGACCCAGCCAAUCCCUCGUGGUUACUACAAUGACAGCGUGCGCUGGGCCAAGUAGUAGUAAUCAGAGCCAGAACUCAGAGUUUCCGCGAGAGUUGAGAAUGAGACUCAGUACCAAGCCGGAUUACAUGGAAGUCCUGGACAGAUCUUAUCAGUUCUAAUAGAUGUUCUAAUGUUACUAUGGAACCGCUGGCGAUGACAAUAAAUGACUCCUGUAAUAUGUCAUGUCUUGAACAUGUUGAUAUGCAGAGGUAAACCUGUGGGUGGCGAGAGCUGUUAGGACUAGGAUGAAGUUACCCUUAGAUGAGGCUUUGUAAAGGAUAAGCUGAUCCUAGAUCAGUGCCUGAGACUAGCAAUUAUUUUUUGUACCGUUGACUAAAUACUCAGUAUCAGGCUUUUUUUAUUCCCAGCAUCACAAAGCAAGACAAUGUGGUGUGUGCGUGUGUGUUCAUCUUAAACAAUGUGAUGUGUGUGUGUUCAUGUUAGACAAUAUAGUGGGUGUGUGUGUGUUCAUGUUUGCUCUCUAAAGACCUGCUGAUGAGACACUCAGCUGCUCUGCCUCUCCAAAAACAUCACGAAACACAGUGAGAGAGAAAGAGAGACUGAGACACAGGGAGGAGUCAGGUAUGAAUUGGUAAAGAGAGGGGAGUGUAAACACAGAGUCCCAGUCUGACGGUCAUCUAAUGUAGCAUGAACACUUUCCAUAUGAAAAGAAUGUGGAAGAGGUGUUGAAGUGUGUUUACGCUGGACACUACAUCCCUGGUAUUAGUGUCACUGUGUCUGAGUGUUACUGUGGACCACAGGAUGCUGGUGGUACCUUCACUGAGGAGGACAGGCUCAUUGUAAUGGCUGGAACAGAAUAAUGGAAUGGUAUCAAACAUGUGUUGGGUACCAUUCCAUUCACGCCGUCCCAGUCGUUAUUAUGAGCCUCCUGUGGUGUGGAAAGAGGGAGAGAGAGAUAUGACACAGUCAAGUGCCUUAGCAACUAGCAGCCAGACCUGGGUCUAAUACACAUGUCCGAUACGUUCAAAAAAGUGCUUGAGAUGAGUUUGGAUUUAGCUUACACACUUAUGGGGCUAUUCCGUUGGUGCCACAGUUGUACUGGGCAAACUAACUCAAGGGCAGCUCAAGUACAUUAUUUUAAUGUAUUUGACACACGUAUUUGACCGGUGGUCAAGUGGUCAAGGCUUAUUUUUCUAUGAACACAGAUCUAUUUAUCUAAACAGAGGUUUGAAUACUAAUGAUUGGGACUCAGAGCUGCUCUGGGAAAUUGAGGGCCCUAUUCAAUCAAAAGCUGAAACAGUAUUUCCCGGAUUAUAGUCAAAAGUAGCCUUCCUCAUGUGAAGAGACAGAGGAGUAUAUUUGCAUAUGUAAGAGUUUAUUUGUGUUUGUAUAUUUGCAGUUCCUGAAUAGGACAUUUCCUGAAUAGGUUCUCAGGUGUAAUAUAAGGACCUUCGGGAUACGAGAGAACCAUGAGAUACAGCUAUAAACUCCUAAAGGGAAUGCUGACUUAACUACUUUCAUCGGACAAUGACAGUCAAGUCACUUCAUUGGAUUUAAAAUGGGAAAAAGAACAGAAAACCAGGACGAAGCGUUUGGACACGGGAAAGACACUUCUAUGAAAUAUCGAUUAUCUUUUAAAGGAGGUACCUUUUUAUGCUUUUAUCUCCUACAAAUAUUAGAGGAAAUUGUGAAUAUAUUUAUUCUUAGUUUCUUGUGUGUUGGAGCUUUGCUACUGUAUGGGAUCAUAUUAUAUCAGUGUAUAGCAGAGAUGGCCAAUCCUCCUCCUGGAGAGAUACAGGGUGCUUUCCACUGGUUACCACAGCCACAAAGUCAAGAUUGGCCGCAUAUAAAAAAUAUAUGGGAUUUUUUUGUUGGCUUUUUGGUCUUAAUUUAAGGUUAGGGUAAGGCUAACAGGUUAACAGUGUGGUUCUUGUUAGGAUUAAGAUUAUUGUUAGGUUUAAAAUCAAAUUUUAAGAAGAUACAUUUUUGAAAUAGAGUUUAACCAUAAUUAUGACUUUGUGGCUGUGAAAGCUAGUAACAGCCAUACUCGAGCUCCAGCCCAACAUAAACACUCCUCAUGUUAGCGAAGAAACGCAGCUUGUUGAGAGGGUAUCUCUGCAGGAGGAAGUUUGGCCAGCCCUGUUGUAAAGGACAAUUCUGCAUCUGGUUUAUCCUUCUCUACACUGAACACAUAAUAUAUACAAUAAAGGGUGCUACUCUAAAA